AUGCACCAAUAUAAUACGAUAAAAUGCAAUGGUCAAGUCUUUAGUUUCGAUAUUGUAGACGAAGAGGGUUGUGAAGUUAGAAUUACUUGCUUUGAUGAAAUAGCAGAAUUGCACUAUCACCGAGUUGAAAAAGGAGCUUGGUAUGUUGUUUUCAAAGAUUCUGUAAAAGAUGCAAGCACAGUAUACAAUAAGCUUAACAACCACCUAGAGAUUAUCUUGACUGAAACUUCUGUUUUGAAACGGUGUGCCUCUGAUGUUGCUGAAACAGAAAAAAAAUUACAAUUCAACCCUAUUAAUAAAGUUCUCACCACUAGCAACAAUACUUUGGUUGAUGUUAUCGGUGUUGUUGUCAAUUUCGAAGAGAUUUUAGUAAUUCGUAGAAAGGAUGGUUCUACUGUAAAGAAGAGAAUAGUAAAAAUAAAUGAUAUGUCAACUUUCACAAUUGAUGUUAACCUUUGGCGACCACCAUCGGAACAGUUAGGCAAUGACUUGAAGAAUAUGCAUGCAUCUGGAACAUUUGUCAUCCUUGCUAUUCAAAAUGAAAGGGUUGGUUAUUUCAAUGGAAAAUUCAUUAAUAUCUCAGCCUCAAUGACUUUCGAAAUUAACCCUUUCAUUCUUGAAGCAAACCCCCUCCGUUUGAGAGGCCCUAUACUGCCAUGCAUUGAUCCGCACUCUUCGGGUGUCCAUCAUAGUGAUAGCGAAUAUCAAAGAAUGACAAUUGCAUCCAUCCUUCAACGUCUUAGCGUUAUGCCAGAAACCCUUGAGACUACUAUUAAAGUUGUCUUGGGAUUCAUAAAAGAAGACCAGUUUUAUUAUACAACUUGCCCAUUGCAGUUCAAUGGUAAAGAAUGUAAAAAGAAAUGUAGUAAAUUAGGCGAUAAUUUGUGGCUAUGCCCUAGGUGUCAAACACAAAUCCCUGAAUGUAAUUACAAAUACCUUCUACAGAUGAAACUACAAGAUCAAACAAGCAGCCUUUGGGCUAAUGCAUUUGAUGAGGUUGGCACACAACUCUUGGCUCUAUCUGCAAAGGAACUCUACAUGUUGCAAUAUGAUUUGACAAUAGAAAAAACACCUCGCAGUAUACUUAAUAAAGUUAUGUUCACCCACUACAACUUUACAGUUCUUGUGUCUACUUACACAUACAACUCUGAGCGUAGAUUAAAAGUAACAAUUAACAAAGUGCAGAGGCUUGAUUUUGAAGUUGAGUGCAACUAUCUACUUGCAGAGAUUUCUCGAAUGGGCGCAACCACAUGA